GCCCAAUUUCAGCUCGCAAUCCUCCCGCUCCUGUCCGGAAGCUCUGCAGCUUUGCACAACACAGACAGGAGCCUCAGUAGCGGGUGGAAGAACCAUACGCAGCCAUGACAGCCUGGCACCCCCUCCUGAUUCUGGUCACCAGCCUGGUCACGUGUUGGUUGGUGAAAAGACUCAUCCUUCACAUUAUGAGUCUGUGUAUCUGGGCACAACAUGCCAUGGCACAGAGCGCAUCCAGAGAGGUCAGACAAGUUGGGGACGCCGUACUUUUGCACCCUGCCAGGACAAGAGGAGAUAUGACAGAUGCUCGAUGGAUAAAAGCAAACAAGAAGAUUUCUAACUCUAGCGAAUGUGUGAUUUUUGAAAACGGAUCACUGCUAAUAGAAACAGCCAAUAAAAGUCACACAGGAAAUUAUACAGUGGAAUUGUUUAACUGUUCUGGCCGUAGGAUUUCGAAAACCGACAUUGAGCUCAUCAUAAUAGACGCCGUUUCCCAGCCAGAGAUCCGCUCUUCCUGCACGUUAGACGGACAUACCCUUCUGGCCUGCAGGACCACUGUCCGAAGGUGCAGAGGUCGCAUUCCUGCGUGCAUCGCGUGUGGGCUGUUCUUCAGUGUUCUGGUAUGUUCCAUGGCCUGGCUGAAGUUAUACAGAUCGCCAACAAGGCACAGUGUAGACACAGAGAACAUCUACCUUACCAUGCAUGGGUUCCAAGAGAGGAGACCUGAAAAUCGAGAAGUGGAGGUGGACAACAGCAUUUACGUUACCCGUGAAUCUCUACAAGACACAAGCAAAGUGACACAGAAAACAGAGACAACUUCUCCCUGAAGUUAUUGAGUGUAAAAAGAGAAACAAAAGGGUUCAAAUGAGCUGCAUAUCUGCUUAUUAUCCAUGGUAACACUGCGCUAAACUCUAAACUUAAAAGGGAUGUUAUUCUGCAAUUUCUGCAAUAUAAAAAAGUUAUAUAUUUGGAGCCCAC